AUGGCAUCAAUAGCGAGGGUGCCGUCAAGGUGCACAGCAGAGACGGCGCGGGCCACGGUCGCGUUCGAGAUCGCCGGCUACAGCCGGCACAAGGAGAUCGCCGGCGCGGGCCUUUUUAGAGGCAAAUUCCUCCGUUCUCCUGCAUUCUCCAUCGGCGGCUACGAAUGGUGCGUCCGCUACUACCCCGAUGCCGAGGAGAGCGAAGGCCAUGUCUCUGUCUACCUCGAGCUCUUGACCAAGAACGCCGAGGUGAGGGCGCUCUGCAGCUUUAUGCUUGUGGAUCCGGUUAAAAAGAAGUCCAUUGUGGUGCACUCUUUCAAGGAACCACGAGUGUUUAACGGUAAAUGGCCAUCAUGGGGCCUGCUAAAGUUCAUGAAGAGCACCCCUGAAGUAGAGUCCGUGUACCUGCGGAACGAUUGUCUCGUGAUCGAGUGUGAAGUCAGUGUUAUCAAGGAAACACUCGAGAUCCAUGUGCCACCCUCAGACCUUUCGGUUAAUCUUGCAAAAUUGCUAGAGGGGAAAGGAGCAGACGUGACAUUCAAGGUUCAAGGGGAGGUUUUUUCUGCUCAUAAGAUUUUGCUUGCGACACGGUCGGCGGUCUUCGACGCGGAGUACUACGGGCCGAUGGGGGGCAAAGGGGCACAAGACAUAACUAUUGACGACAUGCAGCCUGCUGUUUUCAAGUCAUUUCUUCACUUCAUCUACACGGAUUCAAUGCCUUCCAUGGACAAUCUCGAGGAUGAUGACAAAAGAGAAAUGGUUAAGCACUUACUUGUGGCUGCAGAUAAGUAUGCCAUGGAAAGGAUGAAGAUGGUAUGUGAACGCAUGCUAUGCAAGAGUCUUGAUGUUGAGAAUGUGGCGACCAUAUUAGCUCUAGCUGACCAGCAUAACUGCAGAAAUCCCAAAGAUGCUUGCAUUGAAUUUAUGCUCUCUUCGAAUAGAAUGAAUGAUGUGAUCGCAAGUCAAGGGUAUGUACAACUCAAAAGAUCUUCGCCUGAUAUCAUUGUAGAUGUGUUGGAGAGGGCAGCCAAGUCCCGCAAAAUUUAG